AUGCCUGACUCACCUCUGUUCCCGUGUCAUUCACCACAGGCCGCAGAGUCAGAGAGAAACUGUCUUCUGGGACUGGACAUUUUGACUCCAAGGAAACAACCCCAGGGUCCAGCGGCCCCAGCUCUGACCCCCAGGCUUCCACAGUACUCGCACAGGGGAGGCCCUCAUUCUUGCCUUAAAACUGCCCCUAAAGCCAAGCCUUUUCACUGGGAAGCCCCAGCUGCUUACCUUUUGGAUGCUAGCAUUCCUCAUCAAGACACCAUGGACAACCCCAACACCCAGUACGCCAGCCUCAUGCACAGCUUCAUCCUGAACACGAGCACCGUGCGCGAAAUCGACCCUCAGAACGAUCUCACCUUCCUUCGAAUUCGUUCCAAGAAAAAUGAAAUUAUGGUUGCACCAGAUAAAGACUAUUUCCUGAUUGUGAUUCAGAAUCCAACCGAAUAAGCCACUCUCGGCUCCCUGUGUCAUUCCUUAAUUUAAUGUCCCCCAAGAAUGUUAGUCGAUCAUGUCAGUGGACUGGCAUGUGGCAGUCGCCUUGGAACCCACUCAGACCAAUCCAGUGACCAUGUGUGGGCUGGCAGCUCUUCCUCCCCCACCAAAGGAACCCCUGUGUUCGCCAACCUUCCCCAGAGCUCCGGAGGGCCGUCUCUCCUCACUUCCAGGUUUUAGAGCAAGAGCUUGCAAGAAGCCCGCACCCAGCUUCCUUCUGACCUUCAGUUCACUUUGUCGCCCUUGGAGAAAGCUGUUUUUCUUUAACUAAAAAUAACCAAAAUGCUUA